GCCGCCGGAGAUGAACGGCAGGCCACAUCUAUAAAACCAAGCCCAAAAAGACUUUCAAUUAAUAAAAACAAAGGAAAAAACCUUGACCAGAAAAACCGAGGAAUAGCUUAGCUUAUCGAUUCUCCUUCCAAAAGUUUAAACCUUAUCAAUUUUCAAUUCAAGCUAAUACUUGAAACCCCACCAGUUUCAUGCAAAAUUCCUUCCAUUUUACCAUCUCUAUACCCUUCCAAAACCCCAUGUCCAUACCUCUUAAAUCCCCAUCAUGGUCCUCUACAAGAAGACUCUUUGAACAAAAACUCCAAGACCUCCACAAAUGCAAUAAUUUAAGCCAUGUUAAACAGCUCCAAGCCCAAAUAAUCAAACAAAAUCUUCAUCACGACCUUUACAUUGCUCCCAAGUUAAUCUCAGCUUUCUCUCUUUGCCGCCAAUUGACCUUAGCUCUUAACGUUUUUAGCCAAAUUGAACUCCCCAAUGUUCAUUUGUAUAACACUUUGAUAAGAGCCUGUGUGCAAAACUCACAGCCAAGCCAGGCUUUUUCUUUCUACUUUGAAAUGCAAGGGAAUGGCGUUUUGGCUGAUAAUUUCACUUACCCUUUUCUUUUAAAGGCUUGUGAUAGUUUGGAAUUGGUGAAAAUGAUACAUACCCUGAUUGAAAAGAAUGGUUUUUUGAGUGAUAUUUUUGUACCUAAUGCUCUUAUUGAUAGUUAUUCAAAGUUUGGAGAAUUGGGUAUUAAAGCAGCUUUGAAGAUGUUUACAAUAAUGGAAGAUAGAGAUAUUGUUACAUGGAAUUCUAUGAUAGCGGGGCUGCUGAAAGUUAGGCAGUUAAGGGAAGCUCGGAAGUUGUUUGAUGAAAUGCCUGAGAGAGAUAUAGUUAGCUGGAAUACAAUCUUGGAUGGCUUUGUUAAAGCAGGAGAAAUGGAAGAAGCUUUUGAUUUGUUUCAAAAGAUGCCUCAGAGGAAUGUUGUGUCUUGGUCAACGAUGGUUAUGGGUUAUAGCAAGGCUGGGGAUAUGGACAUGGCUAGAGUUUUGUUUGAUAAAAUGCCGCUCAAGACAUUGGUUCCUUGGACUAUUAUUAUAUCCGGCUAUGCAGAAAAGGGGUUAGCCAAAGAGGCUGCUAGCUUGUAUGAUCAAAUGGAGCGAGAUGGAUUGAGGUUGGACGAUGGAUCCAUUAUUAGUAUAUUGGCUGCUUGUGCAGAGUCUGGUUUAUUAGCGGUGGGUGUAAAAGUGCAUGAUUCAAUAAAGAGGCUUAAGUUUAAAUGUAGCGUUGCAGUGUGUAAUGCAUUAGUUGAUAUGUAUGCAAAGUGUGGUAGUCUGGACAAGGCUUGGAGCGUCUUUAAUAGAAUGGAAAAAAGAGAUGUAGUUUCUUGGAAUGCUAUGCUGCACGGAUUUGCUAUGCAUGGGCAUGCAAGUGAAGCACUUCAGGUUUUCUCUAGAAUGAAGAUGGAAGGGUUUCAACCAGAUAGAGUUACUUUCGUAGGCGUCUUGUGUGCUUGUACCCAUGCAGGCUUGAUUGAUGAGGGAGUAGAAUACUUCUACGCAAUGGAAAAAGAUUACGGGAUUGUUCCUCAAAUCGAGCAUUACGGUUGUAUGGUUGACCUUUUAGGCCGUGGAGGACGUUUGAAGGAAGCUUUUAGGCUUGUACAUACCAUGCCUUUUGAGCCAAAUGCCAUUAUUUGGGGCACUCUUUUGGGAGCAUGUCGAUUGCAUGAUGCCGUGGAACUUGCAGAGAAGGUGCUUGAUCUCCUUCUUGAGUUGGAUCCUUCUGAUCCGGGAAAUUAUUCCAUGUUAGCAAAUAUUUUUGCUGCAUCAGGGGAUUGGGACAGUGCUGCAAGCGUAAGGCUCCGGAUGAGGAGCAUAGGGAUUCAGAAACCGUCAGGAGCAAGUUCUAUUGAAAUAGACAAUGAAGUCCAUGAGUUCACUGUGUUCGAUAGAUCACACCCUAAAUUCGACAGAAUAUAUCAAAUGCUUGACAGGUUGGGUCAGGACCUUAAGCAAGUUGUACAUCCCAAAGAUACAUCCUUACCGGUAGAAGUCGAUAGGUAGUGAUCUAAAUAGAUGCCCUGCUACAAGAUUGUUUAAUUACAAUUCACAAGCAGCAUAACAAUCAUAUUGGUUGAAGCCCUUCUGUAAAAGCAUGUAUUCUGCGGCAUGGGGGCAUGGUUAUAUUUGUAAACAUAAUGUAUUCCAUAUUUGUUCAAAUUAGAUGGUGAAACAUUUGAAUUGAUAAUUCAAGAUCUUCUUUGA